AUGAAGUUCUCUAUGUCUGCUCUCCUCAUGAUUCUCGCCGCCAUCUCCUCAGUGGUCGCCUCUCCCAUGCCCAUCGCCGAGGUCUCCGUCGUCAACCAAUACCCGAGGCCGUCGAGACCAGGGACCUCGAACUCCAAGUUCAAGAUCAACGCCGUAAACGCCGCCGCCCGGGUCCUCGUCAUCAUCAUUAUCGACUACACCAUCAACCUGCUGCCCGGCAGCCAUGAGAGCAUCACGGCCAACUUUGACAAGCUCACCAAUGUCUGCACUAAUGGUCCCGUCGUCGCCACCCACUUCGAAGGCGGCGCGAACCCGCUGGCUGCGGCGCAGAACGCCGUCUUCGACUUUGCGACGGGCAUAGUUGUGUCGCUACUGACGUUGCAUGUUUUCAACGAGAACAAUGCCAAGAUGGGUUCAAUCAACCUUCAAGCUGAAUUCUUCGGGACGAAUGACGAUAUGGUUGAGGUCAAUAAGGAAAAGGACAAUUUCCUCGCCGACCUACGAGUAACCGACCCACGAGACGAUAAGAAGCGCAUAGAGCGCACUAAAGGCAACCUCCUGAAAGACUCAUACCGUUGGAUCCUCGACCACGACGAUUUCGGACAAUGGCGAGCCGACAAGCGCCUUCUAUGGAUAAAAGGCGGCCCCGGAAAGGGGAAAACAAUGUUGCUGUGCGGCAUAAUCGACGAGUUGCUUGCCAUGGGCUACAAGUCAACCUUUUUCUUCUUCUGCCAAGCAGCUGACGCACGACUGAAUACCGCCACGUCAGUGCUUCGAGGUCUUCUCUAUGUCUUACUUAGGGAGAACCCUAUCCUCCACGAUCUUCUCCGUGAACAGUACGACCAGGCAAGAGGUGGGAAACAACUGUUUGAAGACAUCAACGGCUGGGAGGUUUUAUGCGAAAUGUUCUCACUUGCUGUGAGCCACGAAAGCAUGCACAACACUAUCCUGGUCAUUGACGCUCUUGAUGAAUGCGUCUCAGGUCUUGAUCAGCUCAUCAGCUUCAUCAUUGACUUGACAGCACACACAAAAAUCAUCGCCUCAAGUCGUCCAGAUCUGAGAAUCAACAGGGGCUUAGCCGCCGCCCUAGAAAAUACCAAAGUCUAUUUAUCUCUUGAACUGAAUGAGGGCGUCGUCUCAGCUGCUGUGAACAGUUACAUAAAUCACAAGGCGCAACAGUUGGCGAACCUGAAAGGAUAUGAUGAUGACACGAAAACCAAUGUCAAGGAGUAUCUUGCUGCGAACGCAAGUCACACCUUCCUCUGGGUUGCUUUGGUUUAUGAACAAUUAGCAGAUAAUCGUGUUGCAGCACGACAUACGCAGCAAAUGCUUCAAAGGUUCCCCCCAGGAUUAGACUCGUUGUAUCAACGAAUUUUGGACCAGAUACUGGGCUCGCUAGACGCAAAAUAUUGCAGUGAGAUUCUGGCCGUCAUGUCCAUUGUCUCUCGUCCUCUCGACAUGGCAGAGCUGGUUUCUCUCCUGGACCACAUCCAAUUCGUCAUGGAAAUUGUGGAAGAAUGCGGCUCGCUUUUAGUUGUACGGGAGAGUGUCAUCUACUUCGUUCACCAAUCGGCGAAAGACUUCCUUCUUAGGCAGACACACAGGAUUAUGCCAUUAGGACUGGCGCACAAUCAUAACCUUAUCCUCUCGAAACUCCUAUUAUCUAUGUCGGGCACGUUGCGACGCAACAUCUACGACAUCGACAAACACGGGGUUCCUGUCGAAGAGAUCCGCGUUCCGUGUCCCGAUCCACUGGUAUACGUCCGGUAUGCAUGCGUAUAUUGGACUGACCAUCUCCUGGACGGUAAUGUGGGGAAAGAGCAGUCUGAUGAAAUCUAUGAGUUUAUGAGUCAGCAUUUGCUUCACUGGCUAGAGGCCUUGAGUCUCUUGCGAAGUAUUUCCGAGGGUAUACUAUCUAUAUCCCGUAUUGGACAGGUCAUUGAGGUUCGUUAG